AUGGCCCGAUCUGCGGGAGCUCCGACUAAGGAGCGCUAUAUACCAAAUGGACUGAAAUUCGCCUUUGGUGGACUUGCAGGGAUGGCGGCGACAUGCGUGGUCCAACCUCUUGAUUUGAUCAAGACCAGGAUGCAGUUGAGUGGUGGGGGCCGUUCAUCUUUCGCGGUCGCAGGGGAGAUCAUAGCAAGAGAAGGAUUCUUUUCCCUGUACACCGGUCUUUCCGCCGGACUUCUGAGGCAGGCCACUUACACAACUACUCGUCUCGGGGUCUAUAGUUGGCUUUUUGACUCAUAUAAAGAACGUAAUGCCGGCGCAACACCGAAUUUCGCUAUAAAGACGCUAUUGGGAAUCACCGCAGGCUCCAUAGGCGCAUUCGUGGGCACGCCCGCCGAAGUUGCGCUGAUCCGCAUGACGGCCGAUGGACGCCUGCCCGUCGAGCAACGAAGAAACUACAAAAAUGUCGUCGAUGCGCUCUUGAGAAUUGUCAAAGAGGAGGGUGUGUUAAAACUAUGGCGUGGAGCAACUCCCACUGUAGCGAGAGCCAUGGUGGUGAAUGCAGCUCAGCUCAGCACUUAUUCGCAGGCAAGAGAAUUAUUCGUGGGGUACGUCCCGGACGGGGUAGCUCUUCAUUUCUGCGCCUCUAUGGUGUCCGGUCUCGUCACAACCAUAGUGUCAAUGCCAGUUGACAUUAUCAAGACCAG